AUGGCUCACUCUCGACGUUCCGUCAAGGAAGAAUCGGUGGGAAUCCCUCUAGUACGCACUUCCAAGACCAGCAUUGCGUUGCCGCCCAAGACAGCUGGCAUCACCAAGCCAAUCGCUCGAGCGAAAGUUGUGAAACCCGUCGCCAAAGCCACCACUACCCGACCUGCCACCCGCGCCUUCGUCAAGAAAGCUUCAGUUGCCCUGAAAGAUGAGGAGUCAAAGAAAGCAAAGGAAAUUGAGCCAUUGCCGAAGAGAGCUAUAUUCAAGCCAGCCGUUGCUCCCUCAACCGCUCCCCGUCUAAUCCUCGGCGUUCCGCUCGUAACAAGUGUUUCCAGCCGGCUCCCAGCUGCCCCAACUGUCCGGGCACUUGCCCUCGUCAAAAUCAGCAACGCCGUCAAGUCCAUCGUCAACAAGCCCAUCACCGUCAAACCCAACGUUCUCGCCAUGCCCAUUCCCAAGCCAAGCGCCCUCCAACCCAGCGCCCUUCCCGGCCCGAGCCUCCCUCGCAACACCGAGGCAGAGCUGGAGAGCCUCAUGACCAUCGGCCGCGAGCAGGUCGAGAAAAAGCUCAAGGAUCGCAUCAGGGAGGAAAAGGAGGAGCGGCACGUUCUGUUAAAGCAGCAGGCUGUCUUCCAGAGAUAUCAGGAAUACCUUGAAGCCUUGACUGCAUUGGAAGACGAGCUGAGGCAACUGAAGGAGGACAAUCGUCUGGAUCUUGAGAUCGUGGAGGAACAGGCCGAGCAGUUCCAUUUAAACACGAUGAAAUGGGCCAAGCUGUUUGAGGAGUACGCUGGAAAGCUCGGUAUUACUCUCUUUGACAUUCAGCGGCUGGAUUCUUCGUGGUCUUAA